AUGUCAAAGCUCUACGUGGGCAAUCUGCCGUCAGAUUGCAACGAGAGCGCUCUCAGGCAACUCUUUCAGGAGCACAGCCUGGCAUGCACCACGAUCCUGGUGAAGCGUGGCGGCUACGCCUUCGUCGACUGUGCCGAUCAGUCCACAGCCGAUCGGGCGAUCGACAAGCUAAACGGUGAGUUUGCACAAUAUGUCACCGAGACAGAGCUCGGGCAUGCGAUAUCGACUAGUACAAACUGCUAUCAUCCCAGCUAG